AUGGCACCAUGGAUGAUGGGAGAGAAGUUCAAUACUGUUUACCCUCACAAGGGCUCUAUUAAAGCUUUGUGGGAGACAAAGUGGAAAUUUUGCUGUGACAAGUCCAUCUACCCCUUCCAUGAUGGAAGUAUCGAGGAUUUCGAGCCGAUCUUUCAGAAACUCAUCAAUGAAAACAUCAACGACGCCUUCUCAGACGCCUACACCAAUGCCUUCCUCCCUACUGCAGAGGCCCUGGAGAAACAGGCCGACGAAGCUCUCAAAACGGGCAAGCCAGACACGGCCUCCGACCUCUACCGCCGUGCCGCAGUCGUUCUCCGUAUUUCGCGAUUCCCCUACGUCAGCCCUGCCUCUCGCCCAGAGACCUCCGUCAAGCGCCUCGCCUUCGAGCGCCAGAAGAAGGUCUACCUGCAAGCUGCAGCCCUCUGGAAGCCCGCGCUGAAGGAAGAGGUGAUUCCACACACACACGCUGCUAGCAACGAGGGUUCCGACAUCUCCCUGUACAUCCGUCUUCCCGAAGAGGCUUCUGCCUCCAAUCGCGUCCCGGUCGUUCUGCUCAUGACCGGGCUGGAUGGAUACAGACCCGAUAACAGCCAGCGGACACAUGAAAUCAUCGCACGCGGCUGGGGAGUGGUCAUCGUGGAAAUUCCCGGCACCGCCGAUUCCCCGGCUGACCCUGCCGAUCCCGAGUCGCCCGAUCGUCUGUGGGACAGUGUCCUGGAUUGGAUGGCGACUCGUCCGGAGCUGGAUAUGAGCCUUGUGGCGGCGUGGGGAUUGAGUGCUGGAGGUUUCUAUGCAAUCCGCGCGGCUUGCACCCACCGUGCACGCCUGGCAGGAUCCAUCGCCCAUGGACCGGGUUCUCAUCACUUCUUGGGCAAGGAGUGGUUGAGUCGGGUGAAUGACCACGAGUAUCCGUUUACCAUCACCGAUCCUUGGGCGGAGAAGUAUGGCUACUCUAGCACUGAGGAUUUCAUCGAGAAUGCCCAGAAGAAAUUCUCCUUGGUUGAAACUGGGAUCAUGGAUCAACCCAAUUGUCGCCUGCUUCUUUUAAACGGUGUGGAUGAUGGCGUCGUCCCUAUCGAGGACUGCUAUGUUCUCUUCAAUCACGGAGGUCCAAAGGAAGGACGAUUCUUUGAGGGUUCGGUCCACAUGGGCUACCCGCACAGUCUUCCUGUCGCGUACAAGUGGUUGGAGGAUGUGCUGUCGCCAAACACGGCAGAGGUCAAGAACUAG